GUUUUCUGAGAGUGAAUCCAAACACACCCUAAAUUGCCCGCUUAUUCUGAAACGCUGCUGACCGCAUUGCUUAGUUGUCCCACUUUGAUUCGGUUUUGCUUCCCAAGUAUAGCAAAGUGUAGUCCAUACAUACUCGCAUGGGCCUUUAUAUAUAGACGUGGAGCUUUGCUUUGUCUCUCCUCCUUCUCUCCGAGAAACCACCAGGGUUCUACAAGCUUUCCCGGCCACUUCUUCGGCGAUUUUUGCCGGGAGGGUGACCGGAAAGUCAGCAACAAUGGAGCAAAUCAAGACUCCAUUCAGAGGAAUAGCAGAAGAUAUCCGAGGAAGAGCAUUAUGUUAUAGGCAAGACUGGACCGAUGGUAUUCGAUCCCGCAUUCGGAUAUUGGCUCCAACUACUUACAUAUUCUUUGCUUCAGCCCUUCCUGUUAUAGCCUUUGGUGAGCAAUUGAGUAGAGAUACAGAUGGAAGUUUAAGCACAGUGGAAACUUUAGCUUCUACUGCUAUUUGUGGUAUCAUCCACUCAAUUCUUGGUGGGCAACCUCUUUUGAUAUUAGGAGUUGCAGAACCUACUGUCAUAAUGUACACGUAUCUGUACAACUUCGCCAAAGGAAGGGCCGAGUUGGGACAAGAACUCUUUUUGGCAUGGGCUGGAUGGGUUUGUGUGUGGACAGCUCUCAUGCUGUUCCUUCUUGCAAUAUUCAAUGCUUGUGAUAUCAUCAAUAGGUUUACAAGGAUUGCAGGGGAACUUUUUGGCAUGUUGAUUGCUGUUCUCUUCAUUCAAGAGGCCAUCAAGGGAGUGGUGAAUGAGUUUAGGGUUCCUAAAGGGGAAGACCCAAAGGCAGAGAAGUACCAAUUCCAGUGGCUCUAUGUCAAUGGGCUGCUCAGUAUUAUAUUUGUUUUUGGUCUGCUCUACACUGCCUUAAAGAGCCGAAAGGCACGGUCAUGGCUGUAUGGCACAGGGUUGUUCAGAAGUUUCAUUGCAGACUAUGGGGUUCCAUUGAUGGUUGUAGUGUGGACAGCCCUGUCUUUCAGUGUGCCAAGCAAAGUUCCGUCUGGGGUUCCCAGGAGGCUCAAUAGCCCUCUCCCUUGGGACUCUGAAUCUGUAUACCAUUGGACUGUGAUCAAGGAUAUGGGCAAUGUCCCUCCAGCAUACAUCUUUGCUGCCAUUAUUCCUGCUUUGAUGAUAGCCGGGCUUUAUUUCUUCGAUCACAGUGUUGCUUCACAGAUGGCACAGCAGAAGGAGUUCAAUCUCAAGAAACCUUCUGCUUAUCACCAUGACAUCUUGCUGUUAGGAUUUAUGACUCUGCUUUGUGGAUUGCUUGGAUUACCUCCUUCAAAUGGGGUCCUGCCACAGUCCCCCAUGCACACUAAGAGCCUUGCUACACUUAAAAGACAGCUGAUUAGGAAGAAAAUGGUGAAAAGUGCCAAGGAAAGCAUAAAACAGAAAGCCGCCAAUCCUGAAAUCUAUAGCAAUAUGCAAGCUGUGUUCAUUAAAAUGGACAAUACCCAACCUACAAAAUCAGUAGUUAAAGAGUUGGAAGACCUGAAAGAGGCGGUCAUGAAGGGAGAAAAUAAACAAGCAAACAAAGAGGAAAAUGCCACAGGCACAUUUGAUCCAGAGCAGCAUAUUGACCCCUACUUGCCCGUUCGGGUUAAUGAGCAGAGAGUGAGCAAUCUGCUGCAGUCCCUCCUUGUGGCCGCAGCAGUAUUCGCUAUGCCCUUAAUAAAGAAGAUACCAACAUCCGUUCUUGCAGGAUACUUUGCCUACAUGGCCAUUGACAGCCUCCCAGGGAACCAAUUCUGGGAGAGGUUCCUACUUGUCUUCAUCACUCCUCAGCGACUCUACAAGGUGAAGGAAGGGGUCCAUGCUUCAUUUGUAGACAUGGUACCAUUCAAGUCUAUAACCAUGUUCACCCUCUUCCAGUUGGCAUACUUCAUGUUGUGUUUUGGGGUGACAUGGAUACCUAUAGCUGGAAUUCUUUUCCCCUUACCAUUCUUCAUUCUCAUAGGCAUUAGACAGUAUAUCCUCCCUAAAUUCUUUGACUCUCAUCAUCUCCGGGAGCUGGAUGCAGCUGAAUAUGAAGAAGUUGCUGUGGCCCUCACCGGACAUCCUCUUGGCCUGUCUUCUAAGGAAGUGGAAUCAACUCAUUCCGGAAAGGCAGAAGAUGGAAUGGAUUUGAGUGAUGGGGAGAUAUUAGAUGAACUAACGACUAGUAGAGGGGAGGUGAAGAGGAGGACUCUAAGCUUUGGGGAAGAAAAACAUGCCCAAGAAAGAUACUGAUUACUCCAUCUCUGUGAUGUUCAAAGUAGAAUAAAUUGAAGAAGUUGUGUUAAAAAGGAAGCUCAAAAGAUUUGUGGGUGGUAUAGAUUUUGAUUUGCAGAUUCAUCCAUGAAAAGAGCAUCAAAAUGGGAAGAGAUGGUGAUGACAGUUGUAUGUAGUUUUACUUGGUUGAUAACAGAGGAAAGCUGAUAUGAUGUACUGGGGGUUUUAGUUUCAGUUGAUAGCAGAGGAUUCUAUUUAGAGCUCAAUCCCAUUUAUUUUUUGUUCAUUUUAAUAAAAGUAUACAUAUAAUAUUACAGCAA